CGUCACUCCGUCGAUCAAUCUCCAUUAUAAAAAAAAAGCAAUUGUUUCUCGGAGUCUGUCCGAGUCACUCAACCAGACAAGAAACAAUCCUUCAAUUUCGUCCGGUCGGCUCGUAAUUUUCGCCCAGCGACUCACCGAGGGGUAACCUAUUCAAGAUUAUCACAAUUGGACCCGGAUACACAUAUUCAGAGCCAAUACAAACAGCGGUUUUUUGUUUGAAUAAGAAAAGAAAAAAGGAGCGAAAUCGGCGAUUAUAUUUUUCUGGCUAUUGUUUGCUCUACGAAAUUCAAUCCUACGUAGGCUUCCUCGUGCCAGUUUCUAGGGAUCGUACCUAUGUCCAACAACUGUCACUCGACAACUGCAUUUAUUUUUCCUUUCUCUUCAUUCUCGCUGUCCUUUCUCGACACAGGUUCUCGGUGUAAGAUACCCGAAGAGGGGAAGUCAACAGUAACUGGUAGGUCAUUCAAACCGUACAAUUUCGUCGCUUUGUCUGGACUUCACUUCUGGUCGCUUUUCACUCCGCUCAAGCUGUCAGUCACGGUCUACUCUGGAUACGAUGUCUGCCGCCUCGGAAGACAAGGACGUCCCCGCUGCACCUCACAAUGAAAUCGACCUCAUCAAGGAAGACGCAGUAACAGCUUCUGAUAACGAUGCUGCGGAACCCGAGCGCCCAGUGCGAAGAAAACUCCAGGAGACGCGGAUAACAUCUGAUGGAAACCCUUCAGUGCCAGACGAUGACGUUGAAAAUGCCGAUCGGGGUCGUCUAAAGAAGAGGUCUCAUGAUGACCUCCAAGCUGAAGAAGGAACAACAGAACAACAAACUGACAGCGGCCAUCGCAGAAAGAGGUCGCGUGAUACAAACGAUGACGGUAACUGGACGAAAAUCGAUAUUGAACGGACUACCACCCCAGAGCCGACAGGGAACAAGGACGAUGCCUCGGCGCACAUACUCAGUCCAAAGAAGAAAAGAAGUCUGGAUCAAUUACAAGAAAAUGGCGCAAGCGCGCAAAGUGAAGAGAAGGCUAAUCAAGAGAAUGAGAAAGAGCGUGAGACGAAGAGACAUCGCGACGCUUCAAAGGAUAGACUGGCCGCUGCUGAGGGAGCAGCUUCUACGAAGACAUCUCUACCAAAGAGCUUUUUAAACACUUCUGCCGUUUCACCCUUUGCAUCAUUAGGCGCCAAGUCGUCAGAAAGUGAGGACGCCAAACCACAAACUACAUCCUCAUCGGCAUUCGCUUCAUCCGGCCUAGCUUCGUUCGCAGGGUCAGAACAGUCACCCUUUGGUGCUUUGGGAAGUUCAACAGCGUCGGUUUUCAGUAAAGCAACUACAACAUCAACGGAAAAGCCUGCCGGAAGUGGUUUUAGCCUAACCUCCAACACCUCUAGUGCUUCUCCAUUUGCCACCACGGGCACUUCUGGAUUUGCAUCCCUGGGAAGCUCUGGGUUCGGAAGUGGGUUUGGCAGUGGAGGAUUCGGUGGAAGUGCAACGAAGUUAAGCAGCUUUGCUUCAGCUACUGGAACAGGUUUGGGUGGUUCAACGACGGCGAAACCAUUUGGCGCCGAUCGAGAUUCAGACGAGGAGGAAGAGGAAGAAGAGGGUAAUGUGAUACCAGCUGGCUUUGAGAAGGAGAAGGAAGACGAACGGUUCUUCGAACAGCAAAUCGAGACCGGCGAAGAAGAGGAAAAGACCUAUUUCUCCUGCAAAGCGAAACUAUUCCACUUCACGAACAAAGAAUGGAAAGAGCGAGGCGUGGGUACAUUCAAGGUCAAUGUCAAAGAACCUCCUGAGGUCGGCGACGUCGACGAUGCCCAAAAGAAGAAGAAGAAGACUGCACGUAUGAUCAUGCGUGCUGAUGGAGUGUUGCGUGUGAUGCUCAAUUCGCCUAUCUUUAGGGGUAUGCCGGUUGGAGAAGUGGACGGAGCAGAGCCCAAGGGGAAGCAGUUGAAUCUGGCAAGUGUGGAAGAUGGGAAGACCGUACCUUUGCUACUCAGAGUUGGAAAUGCAGACUCGGCGAAAGAAUUAUACCAUGUGAUAAUCGAUCUACAGAAGGACUUAUGAACAAACAGCCCCUGACAGCCACAUCGACAGAAGAUUUACAAUCUUUCUCCUUCUUAGAAUCAUUAUCAUCCUCACUACCUCUACAGCUCUUCUCUUCAUUCCGUUUUCUUUUGUCUACUUUUAUGAUAGAUAAAAGACCUCCCUUUUUUUCUUUUUAAAUCUGAUUUGAUGGGGGAUCGUUGAGCUUGUCUUGUCUGCAUGGGCGAAUUAUACCUAAAGCAUUGGUGGAGAGUAUUCUUGGAGAAUUCUUCUUCGGAUAGUUUUUGUUUAAUAUGAUUUCUUGG